AUGAACACGGUACUUCGUUCGUUUCUCAGAAAAUUUGCUCUAGUUUUCUUCGAUGACAUCCUUAUUUAUAGCAAGGAUCUUAUUAGCCACAGAGGUCAUUUGCAAAAUAUUUUUGAGGUAUUGAGACAGCACAGUUUAUUGGUAAAUAAAAAGAAGUGUUGUUUUGAAGCAACGAGUAUUGAGUACCAUGGCCACGUUAUUCCUACCGAAGGGGUGGCGGCUAAUCCUAAGAAACUCAGAGAUAUGCUUGACUGGCCUCCACCAAAAGAUAUUCGCAGCUUGAGGGAUUUCUUGGGCUUAACCGGAUAUUAUCGGCAUUUUGUAAAGGGGUAUGGUGCUAUUGCUGCUCCUCUCACCCAACUUCUCAAAAAGGACUCUUUUACUUGGGGUAAGGAUGCUGAAUCUACUUUUCAAAUGCUCAAAACAGCUAUGGUUUCAGUUCUGGUUUUAGCUGUUCCAUGCUUUUCUAAACCUUUCCAACUGGAAACCAAUGCAUCCAGAAAGGGAGUGGGUGCUGUCUUGAUGUAG